AUGGCAGAUCCAGAAGUUGGCGGUUCGGCAGCUAACGCGAUGAACUUGCUUCGUAUCAAAGCAGACAUCAAAGAGCUCGUGAAGGAACAAGACAAGCACAAGGAAUCUGUCGACUCGAUCAACGCCAAGAUUGAAUCCCAAGGGCCAAAUGUCACUCUGGAAGGACUUUUGAAGUCACUCAUCGAGAAACAACAUUCAGCAUUCACGAGGACAUGUCUCGCUGUCUCAGUGAUCGGCCAGUCUAUCGAGGAUCUGACCACGUUCUCUCGAAACCCACCAAGCAUAAUGGCAAUCAAGGACCUACUGGAUUCCCUGAACAACUUCACCGACGAGGAUUCGAUCGAGACACUCUCAGGAUCUCUAGUCAUCGUCCAGGAUGGCACCAAAUUCACGUGCGCUGAUGUUGUGGAGGAUCUGGAAGAGGCGUACAAGUCGCUAUCAGAAGAACACCAGUCCAGAACCACUGAGAUUCUGCGAGCAACACAGCUUGCCGUCAGAGACCUCGCCACAAACCCUUUCAAGCGGACUCUCAACCGCAGAUCUCGACUUCUAGCCAUUCGCAACGAAAAUCUCACGUCUGAAUCUGCUGGUGUCUUGUCAGUCACGCAAGAGGUCCACGGUACAACCCAUCUCGAAGCCUCGACACAACCAAAUCGGACGACCCAGACUUCACAGGAUCCUGCUCAAAUCUUGGACGCGCCUAGUCUCCACAGAUAUAUUGACUCUGUAUUCCCACUAGUCCCAAUCAAACGUAUCGUUGAAGCAGUUCAGAAUGUGGUCAUGGAAUUCGCAUCCGGUCACAAGAGUCCGGAUGAACAUGGACCUGGAAUCUUCCAGGAGAUCACCUCAAACAGCAAGAAGGAGCUGAAAGAACUUGGCGUACGAGUUCAGGCUUUGGAAGACUUCAUCAAAUUGAGGUAUGCAGGUGGAGCAGACAAGGAAGUCAAGGAAGAAGAAACCUCACUGCAGAAAGAAGCAUCUCUUCACCCGCACAAAAGACCAUCUCUGGGAUUUGAGGAUAAGAUGGACGUCAAGAGAUCUCGUUCUUGA